AUGCCAAGAACUGCAAAAUAUCUUUUAUGGUUCGCAAUUAUAGAACUAUUAACAAAUGGACUGCUCUUCAGAGAAAAUGCACCAACGUUAUUAGAAUAUACUAAUGCAGGUGUCCCUCCAGUAGGCAAGAGGGUAACUAAAGGAAGCACAGUCCUGUUAAUAUGUCUAUGGUUUGCACCGACCAAAAAAUUGCGAACACGAAGCAUUAUUGUCAAAUAUUUUAAAUAUUGUAUCAUUAAAACGGUGGCGUCAGUUCUAGAGCGUACGAAAAUGAACACACCCAAGUCGAAAUACAAAGAGAAUCCUAAUUUUUGUGAUGGACUAGAAAGUAACUAUUCGUUGAAAAAAGUGCUAAUACGAUUUUGUAUGGGAUACGUGUGCACCAAGCGAUCGGUUUACGCAUAGAGUGACUCGGAGAAGAAAAAUGUACCAUUGGCCAGUGAAAUAAUAACGCGAAUAAUACGAUGACGUGUGUGUGUAUGGUUCAAUUCGGCGCGUUGACA